AGAACACUGGCUUUAGGAAGCGACGUCGUCUAAUAUAAGACGACUUCCAUCGGAAACUAGUUUUACUCUCUCUCUCUCUCUCUCUCUGUGGUUUGGCGAUGGCGAACGAGAAUGAACCAGCGAAGCUCUUACUACCAUACCUUCAACGAGCCGAUGAGCUGCAAAAACAUGAACCCCUCGUCGCUUACUACUGUCGAGUGUAUGCGAUGGAACGAGGGUUGAAGAUUCCGCAGAGCGAGCGUACUAAGACCACGAAUUCCCUCCUUAUUUCCCUCAUGAAUCAACUCGAAAAGGAUAAGAAGUCGCUGAAGUUGGGGCCUGAUGACCAUUUUCAUCUGGAGGGAUUUGGAUUGAAUGUUUUUGCAAAAGCAGACAAGCAAGAUCGGGCUGGAAGAGCAGAUUUGAAUACUGCAAAGACUUUCUAUGCUGCAAGCAUUUUUUUCGAAAUUCUUAAUCAGUUCGGUGUGCUUCAGCCUGAUCUCGAGGAGAAGCAGAAGUAUGCAGCAUGGAAAGCUGCAGAUAUAAGAAAAGCUUUAAAAGAAGGAAGGAAGCCUGUCCCAGGCCCCCCUAGUGGUGAUGAAGAUUUAGCAGUGCCAUCAAGUACGCCAAGCACUGAAUACGAUCUUGAGCCGAAAAGAAUUGAUCCAACCAUUAGACUCGCACCAGAGUUUGAUCCAUCACCCGAGCUGUAUGACAACGCUAAGAACCCCCAGCAUUCCGCCAGAAUUUCUUCAUCUUCUUCUACAAAUAUUCUGCCAUCACCUCCUUCAAAUGUUCCACCUUCACCUCCUCCGUAUUCUACUGACGAAUAUCCUUCCCAUAACUUCAAUCAACCUCCUCCAACAAACAGACCAGAAAAUUCUGUGUACUCUCAGCCCUAUCAACAUCAACAAUAUCCGCAAGAACCCCAACAGCACUUGCCACAGGACUACUCUCAUGAUAUUCCCUCUUAUUCAUUACCCAAUUUCCAGUCCUACCCAAGUUUUGCGGAGAGUAGCCUUCCAGCAGCUCCAUCUCAUUGUCCAUCAUACUAUCAGGGCUCUGAUGCUUCCUAUUCCAGCCCUGCAGCUUCUAACAUGGCGAAUUACCCACCAACCUCUCAAUACAACGCAAGUGGUAGAAAUGGGACUCUUUCAGAGGCUGUGCCAACUUCUGCACCAACUUACCAAUAUGAUAGCAAUUACCAGCCUCCACCUGAGAAAAUUGCUGAGGCACACAAGGCAGCAAGAUUUGCAGUUGGGGCUUUGGCAUUCGAUGAUGUUUUUGUUGCUGUGGACCACCUUAAAAAAUCACUUGAAUUAUUGACAAAUCCAUCAGCGGGUCAGUGAGUUUCUUUUUUAAUUUUACAGAGCUGGGAUUUGUUCCUGCAGUUAUUUUAAUUUGUUGGCUUUGUAUGACUUCAUUUGUAAAUUUGAUCGGAUGUAAUGCAAGAGAAGUUACUGUACUUGACCCAUCAACUAACAUGAAAGUCAAAAGGGUUAUUUUUUCAGCAUUAGUUUGCAGCUAGUUCGAAGGGAAGGUUUCUGGGUUAAUGAAUGAAAGUGUUUGCCAUCCUUUUUCGCUGUUCCAAGUUCUUUGUGACACAUUUUAGAAGACAGUCUAGCAUUCAUCGCCGUUGGUCAUGCAAUGAUAGUACCUCUCUCAGCCUUUUGAUCAAGGGCAGCUUCAUGGGGUAAAAACCAAACUUGUGUAAGUUAUAAUGCUCAAGUAUAGCAGACCAGUGGGGAUUAUUGUGGUUUUAACUCGUGGAAUGUGCCACAAUUUUAUACAGUGGCUAGCGAUAUGUUGUAUUAAAGAGAGUUUGACUCUUCUAC